CCCGGCACGCACCGCGCGGGGCGGCCGACGGCGGCGCGGGAGGGUCAGACCGCGGGGAACGCGGCCGCCCGCCGGGGCGGAGCGGGACGGCGGGGAGCGGUACCAGCCCCCGGCCCCCCCCCGCCCCGCCCCGCCAGAGCGGCCCGGCGCCAUGUGGCCGUACGCGCUGCUCGUCCUCCUCCUCCUCGUCCUCCUCGUCCUCGCCCGGCUCCUGCGGGGCACAGACGGCGGCCCCAGCCCCUUCGCCGCCGAUACCCGGCGCCCGCCCGCCCCGCUCGUCACCGACAAGGCUGUCCGCAGGACGGUCGUCAAGACAGUUUUCUCUGCAGAUAAAGUCCCCGAGGGGCUCGAUGCCAUCGUGGUGGGCAGCGGCAUCGGGGGCCUGGCUGCUGCCGCGCUGCUGGCCAAGGCGGGCAGGCGGGUGCUGGUGCUGGAGCAGCACGGGAAGCUGGGGGGCUGCUGCCACACCUUCAGCGAGAAGGGCUUCGAGUUCGACACCGGUAUCCACUACGUGGGGCAGAUGCAGGAGGGCUCCAUCGUCCGCUUCGUGGUGGACCAAUUGACCGAGGGGCAGCUGGAGUGGGCUCAGCUGCCGGCCGUCUACGACGCCGUGGUUUUGGGGGAACCCGGCAGCGGCAGGACGUACCGCCUCUAUUCGGGGAAGGAGGAAUAUUUCCAGGGCUUGAAGGAGCAGUUUCCCGGGGAGGAGGCUGCUAUCGAUGAGUUCCAGCGGCUGGUGAAGAGCGUCAGCAGAGGGACCGUGCUGGUGGGCUUCUUGAAAAUGAUCCCGCGCGUGCUGGCCGGGCUGCUGUGCCGCUCGGGGCUGCUGCCGCGGCUCAGCCCCUUCUGCCGCCUGGCGUCGCGCAGCCUGAAGGAGGUGGUGGACGGUCUCACCGCCAACCGCGAGCUCAGGGCCGUCUUCAGCUACAUCUUCCCCACCUAUGGUGUGGUCCCCUCCAAGGCCAGCUUCUCCAUGCACAGCAUCCUGGUGAACCACUUCCUCCACGGUGCGUGGUACCCCAAAGGCGGGGCCGGGGAAAUCGCCUUCCACAUCAUUCCCGUUAUCCGGAAAACCGGAGGCAACGUGUUGGGAAAGGCGCCGGUGCAGAGGAUCCUGCUGGACUCCCAGGGCAAAGCCUGCGGCGUGAGCGUCAAGAAAGGCCAAGAUUCGGUGAAUAUCUUCGCUCCCAUUAUCAUUUCGGACGCUGGGCUCUUCAACACCUACGAACGGCUCCUGCCGGCGGAGGCACGAGCGUUGCCUGAGAUCCAGUCUCAGCUUCGCAUGGCGACACACGGCGAAGGGGGUUUCACCGUCUUUGUAGGUCUUAAUGGCUCGAAGGAAGAGCUGGGGCUGGAGCCCACCAACUACUUCAUGUACCGAGGAAACGAUCUAGAUGAAAUAAUGAAUCGCUACCUGGCUUCUUCCAGAGAAGAAGCUGCCAAGAACAUCCCUCUUCUGUUUGUCACCUGCCCGUCAGCCAAGGACCCCACCUGGGAAACGAGGCACCCAGGUAAAUCCACGCUGGCCAUCGUCACCUUCGCCAAAUAUGAGUGGUUUGAGGAGUGGAAGGACAAGCAGGUCAAUAAGCGGGGAGAUGAUUACGAGGAGCUGAAGAUGACUUUUGUGGAUAACAUCAUGCAGGCUGUCUUCAAGCUCUACCCUCGUAUCGAGGACAGGAUCGAGUACAUCUCCGGAGGAACGCCCCUCACCAACCAGCACUACAUUGCCAGCCCCAAGGGGGAGAUCUACGGCAUUGACCACAGCAUCGCCCGCCUGCAAGCUGAAGCCAUUGCCGCCAUGAGGGCGCAGACGGUCAUCCCCAACCUCUACCUGACAGGGCAGGAUCUGUGCAUGGGAGGCUUCAUGGGAGCCCUGCAAGGAGCCCUCAUCUGCGCCAGCGCCGUCCUCAAGCGCAACCUCUACGUCGACGUGGCACAGCUGAAAAAGCGCACACAGGCCACCAACGCCAAGAAGGGGGACUAACGCCUGCCGUCCCACCGGCCGGGACCUCCCUUCCCCUCCCAGCCCACCAGAUCACUGCGGUGCCUUAUUUUCUGCUGUAAAUCACCUGUAGUUCAUCCUUCUCUAACGCAAAACCAAAGGUCACAGCCCAGGAAAACGCCAUUCCCAGUUUCCAGCCAGCUUGCCUUGGACCUUACCCACCUCCCACCACGACAUCUGCCGCUGAUCCCUGGCCACCCCUUUUGAGGGCAAAACCCUUCUCCCAGCACAGGGGAGAGGGGCUCCAAGAGAGAGGAGUCAAGGCAAUCCCAAAAACCAGGCUGCACCAGAGCGCACAAAACCCAACAGCUUCCACCAGCAACGCGCGGGGUCGCUUGAUCCCCCACUGGCAUCCGACAGCCACCUCGACCAUCGGAAGAGCAUCAACCUUCACCUGCAUUGCCCAGACCCACUGGGUCAAGGGGAGUGAGCCCCACAGGGACGCUUUUUCCCUUUCAGAUGCCAACUUUGGCACCAAGUUGGGCUCAUAAAGCUCCACGCGGGACUCGGCAGCAGCUCCUCUCCGAGAUGGGACCGUGCACAGGCUUGUCCGGGCAGCGUCAGGCAGGUUUGGUAAAGCCCCGCCAGCCACUGGACAGGCACCGGCUGCGUUUAAGCAAGGGGAAAUCAUGCCGAGCUAAGCCACAUUGCUGCAUUUUAACGAAGACGCCCAGGAGAGGCUCAUGGACACCGGCCUUUGGGAACGAGCCGGCUCCUGGCUCAACGGGGUGGUGGAGUGAGCGGGUCCUUCUGGCACACCGAGGCCAGGCGUGAAGGCAGAAUUGAUUUAAGCCUGGUUUAAAGCUAUUUAAGAGCAACGGCGCUUGCUAGCUGUAUGGUGCAAUAAAUGCCGUGCCUAGAUGUGGUUGUGUAGCAGGACCGGUGUGCUCUGCAGCAAUGCAGCCCCUUGACCCUGCGAUGCUACCGAUAUUUUGGUGCUACUCUACCCCCCUCCCACCACCCAGAGAUGUGUGAUGCCGCAAACACCUGCUCCUUUAGCAAUAAAAACAAGCUUAGCCUUUCUGUCUGCUGGGAAAAGCUUGGGAAAAUGAUCAAAGCCCUCCGGGCCUUCCCUGGAGAAGGGAAGCACGGGAAACCAUAAGUAAAUAAAAUCAUCAUCACCACCA